GGAUGAUACAGAGGAUGAGACGAACCAAGCACAUCAAAGCACCCGCGAUUAGUUUAUUGUGAGAGAGAAGAGAGAGAGAGGAGAGAGAGAGAGAGAGAGAGAGAGAGAGAGUGGCCUUAAAGGCAAAAACCCAAUCUUUCCGCUCUGCACUUCCCCUCUCUCAUCUCUCUCACUCUUUCUGUGUCUGAGCUGAGACUGUGUUUUGCUGAAGCAAUGGAAGCAAACGACAACACAGAUGAGCUCCAUCAUUCUUCUUCACCGCACUCCGGAAGAGCUCAAGCUACACUUACCGAUUCCAACAUCUUCAUCAUAAUCGUUGCUGUUACAUCGGUCAUCUUGCUCGUAGUCCUGGCACUGAUCAUUAUAAUGCUCCGGAGACUCAAGUCCUCGAAGAAGAGCAGCAAUGCCGAUUGGAGUGGUAAUGGCAUCAAGUGCCCAAGUGGCGACUUCACUGGCCUCCGCGCUGUGAGCUACAACUCUAGCCCGGAUGUGAAGGGUGGGUGCCUCUAUGUGGGGUCACUGGGGAGGGUCGGAGCCCCGAUCCCGAACUCGAACGGCAGAAGCUGCAGGACAGCAAGAGGGGUGCAAGUGUUCACGUACAAGGAGCUGGAGGCAGCCACCGACCGGUUUAAUGACGGGAAUGUGAUCGGGAAUGGAGGGUUCGGUGUCAUCUACAGAGGUGUCCUCAGCGAUGGGACCGUGGCUGCUAUUAAGAUGCUCCACCGGGAAGGCAAACAAGGGGAGCAUGCUUUCCGAGUCGAGGUCGAUUUGCUAAGCCGGCUACACUCCCCGUACUUGGUCGAUCUGCUGGGCUACUGUGCAGACCAGAGCCACAGGCUCCUCGUAUUCGAGUACAUGCCCCACGGCUCGCUCCAAGCUCAUCUCCACCCUUCGUCUCAAUGCAAUCACCAGGUUCAGUGCAUGCCCCUGGACUGGGGGACCCGGCUCAGGAUAGCCCUCGACUGUGCCAGGGCCCUCGAGUUCCUGCACGAGCACGCGGUCCCUUCUGUGAUCCAUAGGGACUUCAAGUGCACCAACGUACUACUGGGCAGGAACUUCUGUGCCAAGGUGUCCGAUUUCGGAUUGGCCAAGAUGGGCUCCGACAAGAUCAAUGGCCAGAUCUCGACCCGUGUCCUUGGCACCACGGGGUACCUGGCACCCGAGUAUGCUUCGACGGGAAAGCUCACCACCAAAUCAGAUGUCUACAGUUACGGGGUGGUCCUUUUAGAGCUGUUAACGGGUCGAGUACCAGUCGAUACCAAGCGGGGCCCCGGCGAACAAGUCCUCGUCUCAUGGGCUCUUCCAAGGUUAACUAACAGAGAAAAGCUUGAGGAAAUGGUGGAUCCGGCACUAAAAGGCCAAUAUUCGAAGAAAGAAUUAAUUCAGGUGGCUGCUAUAGCAGCGGUGUGUGUGCAGUCAGAAGCAGAUUAUCGGCCUAUAAUGACAGAUAUCGUGCAGUCGCUUAUUCCUCUGGUUAAGAACUACUCUGCUAUCAGUUCUCCCAAUUCCAUGAGAUUUCAAUACCCGACUUUAAGCCCGAGCUUUAGGUGCUAGCAACUCUCAUAAACUGCAGAAAAAUAUGAAAGAUCGGAGAACCAAAGAAGGGCAGUGAAUUGUUCCUCUGUAUCUGAAGGACUUUAAAGGGUGCUCGGGGAACAGAGAAAGCACCAGAAAGGGUUUAAGGGCGGGUUCUCGUCGAAUAAUUAUGUAAUGUUUAAGCUAUCAGCAAUUUUAAGCUCCUGAAGAGUUUUAUAUCUCUGAACCAAUUUAUUCCGUGCAAAAUGAAUAAACGUAGAUUCUACUAAAAUAAGGACUGGAAACAAAGUUACCGCAGUUCAUCUUUGAAAGGUACAAUUGUAUUCUUGAGAUCAUUACAUACUAAAUAUAUAAAUACAAGAAGUUACAUGUCAACAUCUGGUAUUCCUAUAUCCUAACAAUAAAC